CGCGCGCGGGUGGACACGUCCCUUUGUGCGCGCCUGGGGCUGCGCGCUUCCUAAAGCGUAGCGUCCCGGCAGCAUGAGCGGCUCGGGGGCAGCCGGAGCGGCCGCCGGCCCUGCCCCGCCGGCUCAGGAUGAGGGCAUGACGUGGUGGUACCGCUGGCUGUGCCGCCUGGCGGGCGUGCUGGGGGCCGUGUCCUGUGCUAUCUCUGGACUCUUCAAUUGUGUCACCAUCCACCCUCUGAAUAUCGCAGCUGGCGUGUGGAUGAUCAUGAACGCCUUCAUCCUCUUGCUGUGUGAGGCACCAUUCUGCUGCCAGUUUGUGGAGUUUGCAAACACAGUGGCUGAGAAGGUGGACCGGCUGCGCUCCUGGCAGAAGGCUGUUUUCUACUGCGGGAUGGCCAUUGUCCCCAUCAUCAUGAGCCUGACCCUGACCACACUGCUGGGCAACGCCAUCGCCUUUGCCACCGGAGUGCUGUAUGGACUCUCUGCCCUGGGCAAAAAGUGCGUCUGCAUCCUAGCCCCAGGGUGGGGCCUCCUCCGCUGCCUCUGCUACCCCAUCUCAAGUGGGAAAGGGGUGAUGCCAUUUCUUAUGCUCGGAUCCAGCAGCAAAGGCAGCAGGCAGAUGAGGAGAGGCUGGCUGAGACUCUGGAGGGAGAGCUGUGAAGUGAGGCAGGGCAUUGCCUACUGUCAGUGGGUUCUGUGUGAAGUCUGGAGAAAGCUGAGUGUCAACUCUGUUAAAUGGCCUGGAAGCGGAGUCCCUGCAAGUCCCCAUGCCUCAAGUCUUCCUGUGCCUACCCUGUUCUCUGGACCUUCUCAGCCUGGAGCUACUGCCCCGCUGGUACUGAAGACCUGGGCCAUAGGAUGGAUAGGAUGAACUCAUUCCUGUCAGCCUGUGGUGCAGAUUCCUGUGCUGGUUGCUCUUCCCAGACCUAAGGGCAGCCACUCCUGAACACACUGGUCCUCACUUGGUUAAGAGGCUUAUCACCCAGGCUCCCGCCACUUCAGGCUUCAUCCUUUUUAGAUCUGAGCUUGCUGGCAGGUGAUGCUCCAGUUCUGCCCCAUGCACUGUCCUCAGCACAGAGGAUGAGUACAGCAUUGUCCUGAGGAGCAGGAGAGACAGCUGGUCCUUUGAGGGUCUUCAGCACUUCCAGGAUUCAGCCUCCUGGCCAGAAGAGUAGCUUUGGCAAUGGCCAGAGGGUUGGGUGGAAGUUGGUGCCUUGGACAAGCUAUUUCAGGACACCUUGCUGUUCCAUCUCCCACGGGCCUUACCCUGACCUCCAGGUUCUGCCUCUCCCCCAGCUCAGGUUUUGGUGCUAGGAAGUGUGUGUGUGUGUGUGUGUGUGUGUGUGUGUGUGUACUGCUAGCCUGCAGUGAGAACUUCUUUGUCAGUGGUUACAGGCUCACUAUUAGUAGGGAUCAACCUCAGGUAUUCCUCCCAACCUGCCUCUGGUAUCCUGUAGCCUUUGACGAACUGGGCAGAGACCAGAGCCACCUCUCACAAAGAGCUGGCCCUGUCUCAGUUACCAGAUCACAAGUAAGCCUGCGUGGCUGGGGUUUGGAGAGUUGCUACCCUGAACCUGGCAUACCCUGGCUGUCUCUCAUCCUUCCUCUGCUCUGCUGCCUUUUCCUACUGUCCUGUGAUAUUGGCACUAGCGGCUAAUUAGAUGGGUCCUUAGCUGUUAGGCACAUGUUUGGUGGCCUGGCUGAGGAUGAUGUGGAAAAUGCUAAGCCCUGCCUCCCUCCUGCACUAGACCUUCAACUGGGCCUGCUCCAUGGGACCCAGUCCCGGAGUUGUUGAGUUUCUAGGGACUCUUUAGGUCAUCAGUGUUUGGGGCCAGGAGUAGUAAGUAUUCUAUUUAGGAUAGAGGCUCUUUGAUCUGUGGGCUCUGGGACAGCAGUAGUUUUCCAGAGAGCCUGGCCAUGCUGAACCCCAGAGUAGCAGAGAUGUCACAGUGUAGCUAGCUUGGUGGAACAUGUAUCUUCAGGAUUCAUCUGAGGCUGUUUUUCUCAAGCAGGAAUGGGCUUCAAGGGCUCUGUGUAUGUAUGUUUGUGUGUGUCGGGGCCUGUGUUCACAGUAAGACCUGUCUACCUCCCAGGAGGAGCUAGGCCCUACCUGCCCUUCUGGUUACUUGUGUAGGCAUGAGAUUCAGAUCACUUCUGCUCCUGGCAGUGGAACUCGCUGGCUACAUCUAUGCUGAGAUUGAACCCCACUAGGGAAACCCAUUUUGUACUGGGCAGGCCUGGGGUGGGGUGUGAAGGUAGAAGCCCUCAGACAAACCAGAGUGGGACAGUCACCUAUAUUCUGAGGUUCCUGGAAGCACAGUGACUGUGGAGCCCUCUGAGCAUGGGCACUGUCUAGCCCAGACUGGGCCCCAUGCUCGCCUGUGUCUGGCUAUCUUCUGUGACUUCCUUUGCCCCCAACCCCUGGUUUGUUUGUUAGUUAGCUUACAUUUGGAGUAAAGCAAGGCUGUAGUUGGUA